UAUAUUAAAAACAAAGUGCAUCUAGACAUUCAGCUCAGACGCUUGCAUUGUAUAAGUGCAUGUGUAUCUCCGCGUGCGUGUGUCCGUGUCCGUGUGUGUUCGUUACCGUGCCAGCGCGUAUGUGGAAGUAGUGGUAGUUUGUGGUGCUGUUAUCUGCUCCCUUUCUACACACCCACUCACACACACACAUACACAUAAACGCACAGACACACACGGCAACUCGGGCUCCGGUGGGAGGCGAAUCCGUGACUGACUGGCUGUCACGUUGUCUUGCCCGCCAAUAUGGCGUGCCUUAACACACUGAAGCAAGAAAUCAAAACACUGGAGAAAAUCUUUCCGAAGAACCACGACCGCUUUCAGAUACUCAAUUCCAGCGUAGAUGAGCUCCUCUGCAGGUUCAUCGAUAAGAAUGGCAAGCGCUACGACAUACAUGCAAACAUAACGGAAACGUAUCCAUCAUCGCCGCCAGUUUGGUUUGCUGAGAGCGAAGAGACGAGCGUCACGAACGCCGUGCAAAUCCUUAGCAACACAAAUGGUCGCGAUAAUCAUGUGAUUAAUCAGGUUGGCAUAUUGCUGCGCGAGCUGUGCCGUUUACACAAUGUUCCACUGCCACCCGAUAUUGAUAAUUUAACGCUGCCGCUGCAAACGCCGCCGCCCUCUGCCUCGCCAUUACGCUUGGAGCGUUCAGCUGGUGGCGGGGGUGUUGGUGGCGGCGUUGGCGGUGGAGCGGGCCCACACGGCAACGAGGAGACUGAUUCGGAUCAGGACGAAAUCGAGGAUCCCAUCGGUGAGAGCGAGCAGGAGAGCGAGGGCGAUGAGGAUCUACCAUUGGAAAUGGAUGAUGUGCGAAACACAAAUAAAAAAGAUGAUAUGGAGGUGGAACACUUAGCGACUUUAGAAAGACUGCGUCAAAGUCAAAGACAAGACUAUUUAAAAGGUUCAGUUUCUGGUUCAGUACAGGCAACAGAUCGCCUGAUGAAAGAACUACGUGAUAUUUAUCGAUCCGAUGCGUUCAAGAAGAACAUGUACUCCAUUGAGCUCGUCAACGAUUCGAUUUAUGAAUGGAAUAUACGCCUCAAGUCUGUCGAUCCGGAUAGUCCAUUGCACAGCGAUCUGCAGCAGCUGAAAGAGAAGGAGGGCAAAGAUAGCAUAUUGCUCAACAUACUCUUCAAGGAGACGUAUCCGUUCGAGCCACCCUUUGUUCGUGUCGUGCAUCCAAUCAUCUCAGGUGGCUAUGUGCUCAUUGGUGGCGCUAUUUGCAUGGAGCUGCUGACCAAGCAAGGCUGGAGUUCCGCCUACACAGUCGAAGCCGUGAUCAUGCAAAUUGCCGCGACGCUGGUCAAGGGCAAAGCGCGCAUACAGUUUGGUGCUACAAAGCAGGCGCUCACCCAGGGACAAUACAGCUUAGCAAGGGCUCAACAGAGCUUCAAAUCUUUAGUGCAGAUCCACGAGAAAAAUGGUUGGUUUACGCCGCCGAAGGAGGAUGGCUAAGAUUUAUUGUUGCUUAAGUGUUUGUAUAAGCUUAAGGAACGGACGUUUGCCAAAUGUCGUCGCUCAUCCAUAUACAUAUAU